AAACUAUCAAAACAAAAUCGUUUUUAUCCUGACUUAUUCUAAAUUUAGAUAGACUAAGGCACAGACGGAAAUUUUUGUUUUGAACGCGAAGUGUGACAGUCGUGUAAAACAUCCGGAUAAGCAAAAUUAAACGGAUCCUAAAAUAGCCACAGUUAACCCCUACAGAGAGCCGCUGAAGUCAGUCUAGUCACCUGGGUAGAUGGCAUUGAGCCGGCACGCUUCUUGCAUGCUUUGUCUAAUUUUUUUGAAAAAAUAAUUUUGUUUUUAAACGAAAUGCCAACCAUUGUGACAAUAAACCCCAGUGGCGGUGGUGGGAUAGGGUGCUGUUGCUGUAGAUGUUGUACGUGUAUUAAUAUUAAUUUUAUAAGAAGUCCACACGGAAUUAUUAAGUCGGCUGAAGUGGUGUUGGGUUUCUUCUGCCAAAGUUUGGCUUUAAAUUAUGGAAUCAAAUACUCUGGUCAAAUCGGUCCAUCUUUUCAAUCUUUCAUAACCACAGCGUCAUGGUGCCUAAUGACAAGCUUUUUGCUACUAUUGUGCUACGUUUUUAAUGAAAAAUCCAUUGGUCUGAUACGGCAAUCAUUAUUUGAGACUGCUUUUAAUUGCGUGGCCGCUUUUGGAUACAUCUCGUCCUGUUCAUAUUUAGGAUACGCUGUUAAUACAUUUCUGGAGCCAAUGUACUUGAUAACUCCAUACUAUCAAGUAUUUCCUGCCAUGAGUGCGGCAUACAUGGUUGGUACAAUUUUGGGAAUAAUAUAUGCCUAUGAUGCAUAUAAAUCCUAUAGGUAUUUUAAGGGAUACAGAUAAAUUAAGUUACUUACUUAUUAUAUAAAUUUAAGUAUA